AUGCUUCCUAUUCCCCGGCCGUCGAAACCGGGUGGUAGGAAGAGUCCUUUCCCUGACCCUUCCGAAACAAAGAGGCGUCGAGCAUCAGACUCGCCUCGGCCUCCACUCAGCACCGGUAAUAUGGUGAUGGAUCUGAGGACACCAGUCGUCGACAGAUUCCCUGGCACCCCAGAAACGCCACAAGAGAGGCAUCUACCACCCCCGGCCGUGGACUUGGCUUAUCAGCCAAGUGGUCCAAAUCAAGAUAGUAUGAAGGCGAAUAGGCUCCUGGGAUACUAUCGUCAUGUCCCUGUCCCUUGGCCUCUCAAUCUUGGCUACCCUGGCUAUUCGCGGUAUCUGCAGCCCGGAGCAGACACGAAUACUGAUGAGCCCAGUGAAACUGUUCCACAGAGAGGAACUCCCACCCCUUCUCCCGUCAUCACCCAUACCACCAACUAUGGACAAAACCCUACACCUCCUCACAGCGACCCUCUAAGAACCCCCCAGAGAGUUCUACCACCUCUGCCCCGCCAUUACCAGAUACCUGAGCAGCCUACACCUCCUCAGAGUGACCCUCUGAGAACCCCAGAGGGCGCAUCCUGGAUUCCACCUCGCCGCCAUGAGCCGUCCCAAGAGACCACAUCUCCCCUCAGCAAUCCCCCGAGACCCCCUCCGCAGACAUCCAUGUCAAUUCGUCCUCGCCAGUUCAAAGUCCCCCAGAAAGAGUUAGCAGUACAGCUAGUCGACUUCGAAGAACUAGCCGCCCACACAGCAAAGUGCGAUGUCUGCGACAAGCGCAACACAGACGGCAUGGUACGCUGUAAGCCAUGCGGAUGGCAAUGCUGCCGUCGAUGUCUCGCCGAAAGAGGUGGAGAUCGUACACAUCCCAAAGCUGGCAAUUUGCAUGUCCCCGAGGACGCGCCUCCCACGGCGAUAGCCAGAGCCAGUAUGACGCAGUCGUACUUCGCACCAGUCCCGAAGGAAUCGGGGCGGGAGGGUGAGAAAUAUGCAACGCCCGAGGAAGAGGCCGCUGCGAUUCUUCUCAAGCUCAAGAACGAUAAGCGGAGCAGGGUGCAGGCGGGAUCAACGAGUGGACAUACCCGUGGUAGUGGAACGAUUGCCGGCCCUUCUCAGCCGACCAACCGUGCUGCGGACGGUGGUGCUGAAUUUGACAGCGAUGAGACUGAGAUUCUGCCGGAUAUUGACACCGAGGACGAGACUGAUGAUGAUAAUUUGCCCGAUAACCUCGUCAAUGUGCGUCGAAAUCCAUCCCGCAGGGCGAGACCGGCUGACAUGAAAGAGUGA